UUAGGUGCGCAGUUUUUGAGCUUUAUUGUCUUCCCUGCCCCCUGCAAGCUGAGCUGCACAGGCUAAAUAAAAUAGCUGCGCGUCGGCGGGGGUCGAGACGCCCCGUCGCAUUGGCCCAUCGCGAGAGCUCAGUUAGGCCCGGAGGCGUGACGAUGUGUCCAGGGCAGCCAUUAUCCGCGCUCGCUGCGGUGCCAAACGGCGCGCUAGCUCUGGGGACGACAUGGCUCCCACCAUGGCGCUGGCAGCAGGGUUGUCCUUGCACAGCUCCUCCGCCAAACGCCGCACGCUGCCUGAAUCGAGGGCCGAGCGCAAGCCUUCAGCGCUGGGCGCGCUCUCGUCGCGGGGGGAGGAGGCGCCGGAGGACGCGGAAGUGCAGGAGGAGUAGAUUGAGCCCAAGGUGCUCAUCAGAGACUGCGAGAGCAAGCGGUCGGCGUCGUCGGACAUGGGUCGAUGGCGCAGCGCUGGCCGCGGCGACAGCUCCGUCAAGCUGACCCCCGAUCCCGGCUCUGCCCCGCCGCCUAGCAAGGCAGCGAGCGUCGCCACGUCCACGCCGCGCGAACCUCCCGCCGAAGAGGAGGGCCCGGCGUCCCCGCUUCGGCCCGCGGCGCCCAUUUGAGAGCCGAGAGUCGCCUGGAGGGAGGAGUUCAGCGAGAUGGACGCGUC